AUGAGCAGCCUAGACUUUGAAAUAAAUUCGGAUACUAAUCCAGUAAAAUUCGAUAUGGAUAUUAAACCAAAGAGAUUUUCUCUCUUACCAAAGUCUAAGAGAAAGCUAUCAAUACUCCUUAUAUAUAUGAUAGGUUUCUCUGAAGGUCUUUUACAUCUAUCCAAUCUCGCUAUAUACUACAUGUUUAAGGAUGAUUUUGGGCUCUCUCCUGCACAGAUGACUCUUUUGUAUUCUAUUCCAGCCAUACCCUAUGUUAUUCGUCCAGCAAUGGCAUAUUUGACCGAUACCAUUCCAAUAUUUGGAACGAGGAGGAGGCAUUAUUUGAUUUUAAAUAGUCUGAUUCAGUCAUCAAGUUUUUUGUUUAUGGGUUUAGUGCCCAUUAGUUUGUUUUUUUCAACUAUCGAACUAUUUCUAAUUACCUUUACUCUUGCAUUUUGUAUGACUAUCGCUGAAGCAUUAGUUGUUGAAAACAUCAGUGAUGGAACUGAUAACUUGAGUGGUUUCAUCGGGAUUAAAGCUUUUUCUGCCUUGUUAGUCUCAUAUUUCUCAGGUUCUUUGUUAGAGAAAUAUCCCAAACAAAGAUUAUUUCUUAUCACAAGUUUAUUUCCACUAUUAAUAACCUUUUUCGCAUAUUUCAUGAAAGAAGAGAAAACGGAUAUUGUAUAUCAAUCGCACCCACUAAAGGAUUUAACUAAAUUUUUAAAAGAACCGUCAAUAUUCCAUCCCUGCGUAUUUAUGUUUCUAGUUGUUAUAACACCAGGUUAUGAAGAUGCAUUCUUGUACUAUACCAUUGACGUCUUAGGCUACAGCCCCUCAUUCAUGGGAGUAUUGAGACUUAUUUAUGGAAUUUCAAUUGUUUUGGGCAUUGCAGUGUGCCGUUUAUUUUUUAAAAAUACUUCUAUAAAGAAGUUGCUUAUUUGGUCCACUCUUAUAGUCAAUAUUUUAUAUCCGUUUCCAGCUUUAAUCACUUCUGGACUGUCAAAGAAACUUGGAAUACCAGAUAAACCUCUAGUUCUCUGUGGAGGAUUCUUGAUGGAGGCAAUUUUUGAAAUACAGGUGAUGCCAUUUCUAACUUAUACAACAAGAGUCACACCUAAGGGUUUGGAAGCCUCAGUGUUCGCAGCCAUCAUGACCAUCAAAUCUGUUGGAAUUUUCUCUUGUAAAUUAUUCACAGCCUUAACGACUUUCCUUUUCGGCAUUGACAACCACAAGUACGAACAUCUAACAUCCUACAUUCUAUUCUGUACAACCACUGCAAUGGCAGUCAUGUUCUACCUUACCAAGGUACCUAACAAAGACGAGAUGGAACUUUUUGUGACUAGGCAAAAAAUGACUCAAAACGCCGAUGAGAAGACUUAA